AUGUUGGCAGAUGGAAAGUUAGUAGCAGCGAUAGCAUCAGCAGGAGGGGAUGGGGAUAACGCAAGCAUACCCUUGGGCACUGGGGGUAUUGCGGGCACUGGUACUACUGGUGCCGGUGGUGGGGGUGACAGAGGUAGUGCGGAAGGUGGUGGCUUUGGAGGGACGGCUAGGGAUGCACUUACAGGAGACACUGGGGGCGGUGUGGCUGGAAACGUGCAGGGCGCUGGGUGGGGACACGAGGGCAUUGGGGCGGGAGACGAGCAGGGGGCUGGGUGGGGGGGAGACGAGCAGGGUGCUGGUGCUGCAUCGGGAGACGAGUUCUUUUCAGACAAGGACGUGCCGGACGUGUGGUCUGACUUUGAGUCGAAACUCGCUCUGGACGGCCGGAAAGCUGCUGUCCGGAACGUGCUUCCUGGCGACUCCCCUUCCGCCUUAAGCUUUGGUCCGUCAGCCGUUGCUGCUCUACCCAACGGGCUUGGUGACCUGGACGAGCGGGUGAGAAAGGAGCGCGCGCGGGAGGAGCGAGCGCGGGAGGAGGAGCGAGUGCGGGAGCUGCUAGCCGCCCAGGAGAAAGCUUUAAAAGAGGCGCACGCGAGGGAGAUAGAGGGGGUGAAGGCGAGGGUUGAGAGGGAGGUGCAUGAGCGCGUGAUGGCGGAGGUGGCGGAGGUGGAGGCAAGAGUAGAGCAGGAGGUGCAGGAGCGGGAGGCGCUGGAAGAGCAGCAGCGGGUGAGGGCGGAGGAGCAUCAAAGGGAGGUGUGGGAGCUGCAGUGCAGCGCGGAGGAGAUGCGGCAGCAGCAUGAGCAGCUCAUGGCGGAACUGCAGGAGCUGCGGCAGCUGCGGUACGGGGGCGAGGAGGUGGAGAGGCAGCGGAGGGAGGUGGAGAGGGAGCGGGCGGAGGUGGUUCGGCUGCGCAAGGGCAUGGCGGAGAGCGUGUUUCAGAAGCAGCAGUGGGCGCUGGACAUGCAGGAAAUGGAUAAGAUCAAGAAGGAGCUGAACGAGCUGAGGGCGCGAGAGAGGGAGCUGCAGAAGCAGCUGCGGAUAGGCUCGGGCUCUUCCUCAGAGAUCACAGCACUCAAGCAGGUGGUGGCAUCACUUAAAGCCCGCGAGGAGGAGGUGAACGCCAAAGAGGCUCUUGCCCUGGCGAAGCACAAGGAGGUGGAGGCCUUGCGCAAGGUGCAGGAGAAGGUGGAGGUGGAGCUGGUGGAGGCGAGGCGCAUGAACAACGAGCUGCAGCUGCAGAGGAGGAAGAUGAGCGUGCAGCUGGCCGAGGCCCAGGCACACAUGGAUAGGCUCAUAGCGCCCGAGAGCCAGCAGCUGAAGAAGGCACAGAUGGAAGCCAUGCUGCUGCGGCAGCGAGUGGCGGAUCUUCUCAGACAGGUCGAAGGUCUACAGAACAGCCGGUUCAGCGAGGUGGAGGAGGUGGUGUACCUGCGGUGGGUGAACGCGUGUCUGCGCUUUGAGCUGCGCCACAACAAGGCCAUGGCUGGCGGCAAGGACUCGGCGCUCUCCCUCAACAACAACCGCAGCCCGCGCUCCCAGGUGAGGGUGCUGCUUUCGCCCCACGCUCCCAGGGGAGGGUGCUGCUUUCGCCCCACGCUCCCAGGUGAGGGUGCUGCUUUCGCCCCACGCUCCCAGGUGAGGGUGCUGCUUUCGCCCCACGCUCCCAGGGGAGGGUGCUGCUUUCGCCCCACGCUCCCAGGUGAGGGUGCUGCUUUCGCCCCACGCUCCCAGGUGAGGGUGCUGCUUUCGCCCCACGCUCCCAGGGGAGGGUGCUGCUUUCGCCCCACGCUCCCAGGUGAGGGUGCUGCUUUCGCCCCACGCUCCCAGGGGAGGGUGCUGCUUUCGCCCCACGCUCCCAGGGGAGGGUGCUGCUUUCGCCCCACGCUCCCAGGUGAGGGUGCUGCUUUCGCCCCACGCUCCCAGGUGAGGGUGCUGCUUUCGCCCCACGCUCCCAGGGGAGGGUGCUGCUUUCGCCCCACGCUCCCAGGUGAGGGUGCUGCUUUCGCCCCACGCUCCCAGGUGAGGGUGCUGCUUUCGCCCCACGCUCCCAGGGGAGGGUGCUGCUUUCGCCCCACGCUCCCAGGUGAGGGUGCUGCUUUCGCCCCACGCUCCCAGGUGAGGGUGCUGCUUUCGCCCCACGCUCCCAGGACCGCGCCAAACACCUCAUGCAGCAGUUUGCCGACGGCUACCCCACAGGGGAACCUUCAGCUGCUGGUGGUCGGUACAACGACGAUGAUUCCGACUCCCUCUCUCUCUACAACGACUCUGCCUCCUUCGCCUCCUCGCCUCCUGGCCUCUUGGCCCACCGAGGCAGCACUGCUGCCUGUAACAGCCAAUCCCCCUCGUGUUUCCUUCCCCUCUCCCUACCCCUUUCUUCUUUCCCUCUGCACCCCUCAGGACCGCGCGAAACACCUCAUGCAGCAGUUUGCCGACGGCUACCCCACAGGGGAACCUUCAGCUGCUGGUGGUCGGUACAACGACGACGAUUCCGACUCCCUGUCUCUCUACAACGACUCUGCCUCCUUCGCCUCCUCGCCUGACCAUCGCUUCCCCUGUCUGUCCCUUCCUUUACCCCUCUGUACCCCUCAGGACCGCGCGAAACACCUCAUGCAGCAGUUUGCCGACGGCUACCCCAGUGGGGAACCUUCAGCUGCUGCUGGAGGUCGGUACAAUGAUGACGACUCCGACUCCCUCUCUCUCUACAACGACUCUGCCUCCUUCGCCUCCUCGCCCGACCGCGGCAGCGCUGCCGCCACAGACGAACCUUUCCAUUCCUCCCCGGAUAGCUAUGGGCGUGGUGCUGCUGGUGGGGGAGGGGGAGCAGCGGGAGGAGGAGGGAGGAAGGCGAGAACGCCUGGGCCUGGGACGGGAGGGAGAGGAGGAGGAUGGGGAGUGGGCGUGGGAGUGGCUGCAGGUCCUGGUGGUGGUGGUGGUGGUGGCGGUUUUGGUGAGGGUGGUGGUGGGGUUGGUGGGGGUGGUGGAGGUGGUGGAGGAGGGGGAGGAGCAGGGGGAGGGAAGGAUGCGCUUGGGCGGACGAUGUCUCUGCAGGCGAUGUCGCAGCAGGAUGCAGCGAGCAAGCUCAAGAAUUUCCUCACCUGGCGCCGCAACAAGUCCGCAAGAGACCUCGAGGAAACCGCUGCUGCUGGUGCUGCUGGUGGGGGUGUUGGGGGUGCUGGUGGGGGUGGUGGUGCUGCGGGUGGUGGUGCUGGUGGUGGUGGUGAUGGGAGUUCUGGUGGUGGUGGUGCUGAUGCUGUUUCUGAUGCUGCUGCUCGGGCUGCUGCCAGGUAUGAAGGAGAACGAAGGGCACGCCACAGAGGAGGAAGGGAAGGAGGAGGAGGAAGCGGGGGAGGUGGGGGAGGAGGCGGAGGAGGAGAGGGUGGAGAAUAUGGAGGGGAGGGAGGUCAGGAUGAGGAGAGGAAGGAGGCAAUUCUCCGAAAGCUCAAGAUGAAGCAGCCACCUCCAGGCAUGAUGAUGAAUCCCAUGGGCGAUUUCACCAUUGGUGACUCUUUCAAUCUCGUCCGUCGAUCCGUGUCCCGCCCCGACAAGGACAAUCUGCACCGUCGAUUCCCGGGGUUCAAGGAUCGGCAUCUCCUGGCCCAGGAGCGGCAGAUUUUUAACCUCCAACAGGCCGAAGCUGCGGCUGCCCUGAAAAAAUCGGGUAUUUCGGCCAACGCGUCCGUUGGGAAAACGCCGCGCGUCGCUGCCCCGGAGAAGCGCGAGCCAAGAGUGCCGUCCGCGCCGCCCAGGCCCCGAACCACCCGCCCGAGCCAUCUGGACGAGGAAAUGGAAGUGACGCACGCCGCCGCCCUGCUCAACAAAGCAGUGGGCGGCGCAGUGCCACUUCCACCGCCCCUGCCGCCUGCCGGUGGGGUUCCAUUGCCGCCCGCAAUGCCCAGAGGGAAAUUGGGUGGGAAGGAGGGAAUGGACGAUGAGGGGAUGCGGAGGGCGCCUGAAGUGGUGGCGUUCUAUCAGCAGCUCAUGAGGAUGCAGAGGGAGGGACUGGGAGGUGUUGGGGGGAGGGAGGCGGAGGAGGGGUUGAGCAUGACGGCCGUGAGAGGGGAUAUGAUUGGCGAGAUUGAAGGGCGCUCAUCUCACCUGCUCGCUAUCAAGCAGGACGUGGAGAUGCAGGGCGACUUCAUCAACACCCUGGCAAGGGAGGUGCGCGACGCCUCCUACUUUGACAUUGAGGACGUUGUGGCGUUCGUCAACUGGCUCGACGAGGAGCUGGCGUUCCUGGUGGACGAGCGCGCAGUGCUGAAGCACUUUGACUGGCCCGAGGCCAAGGCGGACGCGCUGAGGGAGGCGGCGUUUGAGUUCCAGGACCUAGUGCGGCUGGAGAGGGACCUAGGCAGCUACGUGGACGACCCUGACGUGCCCACCGACCAGGCUCUGAAGAAAAUGUUCCAUGUCUUGGAAAAGGUGGAGCAGAGUAUAUACGCGCUGCUGCGCACAAGAGACAUGGCCAUCUCACGUUACGCUGAGUUUGGAGUGCCCACCUACUGGAUCCUGGAUAACGGCCUUGUGGGCAAGAUCCGGCUGGCAUCGGUUCGUCUGGCACGAUGCUACAUCACGCGCGUCACAUCGGAGCUUGACAAGCUAGGGAAUGAGCCCGAGAGCGAGCCUAUCCGAGAGUUCCUGCUGCUGCAGGCCGUGCGAUUCGCCUUCCGCACUCACCAGUUCGCAGGAGGGUUUGACGCGGAAAGCAUGCGGGCAUUCGAUGAGCUUCGAGCGCGGGCCAACCUCGGAAGCAGUGCCAGCCUCGGCCCUCCUACUGCUGCCGCUGAUGUUGGUGCUGCUUCUGGUGCUGCUGAUGCAGCCAACACCUCUGCUGCUGCUGACAGCGUUGACAGUGCAAGAGCAGCUGCUGAUACGAAUGGAGCAGAUGCUGGUGGUAACAGAGCUGGGGUAUUGCUGAAUGAGGAGCCUGCAAUGGAUGAUGGAGAUGCAUCCGAUCUGCUGGCUGAUGCGUUAGCAGUUGCCAGUGAUGUGGGUGGUGCUACACCCCUUGACGAGGGUUCGUCGUAA